UUGGGCGUACAGCGCCAUCUAGGGACCAAUUCGCGCACCGUUUCUCCCCCUCACUCUCUACGACUCUCCUCCAGCUCGCCCGCGCACCGGUCGGAGUUUAAAUAGCCGCGCGUCCCACUUCUAAGCGAAGACGCGAUCGCACGAAAGUUGCGACCACGUCGCAAACGAUUCCAAACUCCGUCCACUCCCACGGGAGCUAAUUUUUUUAUUUUUUUUGCGUUCAUUUUAUUUUUCUUUGGCAACCCCGAGUUUGAUUCCUGGUGUGGUGCGCGUGAUAGCUCCGCCAACAUCAUCCGACCAACAUCUUCUGUUCUUCUCCGGGGCCCACCGUCCCCCAGGGAAGCGCUCGGAGCCUUUGUGUGCGCGCCACGUUCGACUCUUCGUCAUCGCUUACACCUUCGCCGUCUCCGUACCUACGUGUCCGACGGCAACUCUCUUCGGGCGACGAUCUGUUUGUGCGCUGUGUGAACCGGCGGCAGUUCGGCAAGGUUCUCGACUCGACUAGCGGACGCAAGAGGCGAGGACUUACUCGUUUCUUCGUCCAGACUACUCCUGUGUCCACCGGUGCCUUCCUGCCUGGACGUACGCGUUCGGUUGGCUACCGAAGACGCCGAGCUUAUCGGCCAGCUAGGGAAUCCCCCCUCACCCCCCCACCCCCCCGUUACCCCACGAAGGAGUCGACGCGGCCGGCUUAAAAAAAGAACAAGUCACUCACUGCUGUGAAAAGUGAAGGCCAAGAAAAGAAAGACAGGUUCUCGAAUUCCUCGUCUAUCUCCCCUCCUCAGCGAAGCUUGCUGCUUCUUAGUGAUAGUGCAACGCGUCAAUAAUCAUCCUCGAAAGGCAGAUAGAGUAACGAGGAAGAGGCACCGGCUCCUCGCCUCUUAGUACCCAAAAAUUCCAGAACCUGAGAAACGGGUCUUCUGGAAGAAGCGCCCGUAGUUCUUGAGCAACGCUUACCUCCUUCUAAGUAGAGGCAGCAGCAUCGGGUUAUCUACGCUCACUCCCUCUAUCUAAAACUGAUCAGAGGAGAAAACGAGAGUAGGGUCAACCUCGUGUCCGUGUUUUCUUUACCUAAGCUUGCUCGCACGAAAGAAGAAAGAAAAAAAAAGGGUCUUCGGUUACCGCGAGCCAAUCGCGAGCUUCUGAGCCGCCUGCGUAGUCCGCACCGUCGAGACCAGUGUGAUUGGAAUAACUACACUCUACGGAGAAGCACAGCGGCGUCUUCAGUGAACGUGAGCUGUCCUUCCUCCAUUUCAUCGCAAGAACCUGUGCCCCUUCUCGCGAAAACUCGCCGAGAGGAUAGGGGGCGACAAAGUUGAGAGCCAAUCAGGCUUCAACCGCCGAGAGUACCACCGGAACAGCAGCGCAACCGAGCAUUCUUUCUUUGACAUACUCCCGGCGGCUGCAAAGCACAAGUGGGGGCCCGAGAAGUUCUACGAGAAGCAAAGGCAGGCAGGAGAGACACGGGACUUCGUUUAACCGCCUCACGCCCCGAUAGCGUGAAAGAAAAAGCGCAGCGGUCGAAGCAACGACGAGUCGACUUUUCUCUCGCCCGUCCGAGCAUCCUCUCCCAAACUCGUGGUCGAUUUGAGCUUCGUGUUUGUUUUCUUCUUCUUCCUCCGGCCUUCUCACUUCCUUCUCCCCGCUUCGUCGAAGCCAUCUUCUUUCGUUCCCUCUGCGUUCUGUUUGCCGACGUCGACCGUGCGGGAUUCCAUCGCGUCAAGCCAACUCCGUCGCCUUUCCGCAAGAGCCGGACUCGACGGGGAUCCGACGACGACCGACGGGGAGGACCUCCUCUUCUCCUUCGCAACCUAGUCGACGACGACGCGCCACUGACUUCGGCUAUCGGUGGCGGCGCCGCUCGGUCACGUGACCCGACACUCGUGAAGUGCCACCCGGUCUCUCCCGAGAUCCACCUCUGACACUGUGGACUGUGCGUCGGCUAUCCAGUGUCGCCCCAAAAUGUACCACCUGCUCAGCGAAAUCCGGGAUUUUUACAACAAAACCUUGGAGAGCGGAGACUCAAGGGUGCAGGAAUGGCUCUUCAUGCAGAGCCCAUGGCCGACACUGACGAUCUGCCUGUCGUACGCCUACUUUGUCAAGGUGCUGGGCCCAUCCCUGAUGAAGAACCGGGAGCCGAUGCAGUUGCGUUGGGUCAUGGUCGGGUACAACUUCUUCAUGGUUGCUGUCAGCCUGGCCAUAUUCCUUCUGCUGGGCAUUUACGGCUGGUUUGGCCACUACAACUGGAAGUGCCAGCCCGUUGACUACACAGAGAGUAGGGAAGCAAUAUUGAUGACUCAUCUUUCCUGGUGGUACUACAUUUCAAAAUUUGUUGAGUUCAUUGACACAAUAUUCUUUGUGCUACGAAAGAAGUUCACACACAUCUCAACACUGCACGUCAUCCACCAUGGAAUGAUGCCCAUGAGUGUGUGGUGGGGUGUCAAGUUUACACCAGGUGGCCACAGCACUUUCUUUGCCUUUGUAAACAGCUUUGUGCACAUCCUGAUGUACUUCUACUAUGGACUGGCAGCAGUGGGUCCCCACAUGUCCAAGUACCUUUGGUGGAAGCAGCAUAUGACAACCAUUCAGAUGGUGCAGUUCAUUGCCAUCUUCGUGCACUCAUUCCAACUCCUGUUCCGGCCCGACUGCAACUACCCUCGCGGCUUCAUGUGGUGGAUCGGUUUCCACGCCAUCAUGUUCUGGUUCCUUUUCUGGGACUUCUACAAGAACACCUACUUCGCCAAGAGGCUCAAGAGCGCUGCCACCGGCAGGGGUCGCUCAAAGGCGGUUGCCAACGGCCGCACCAACGGCGCAGCACCCGUCACCACAGACGCCAACGGCAAGGUCAACGGAAAGCUCAAUGGAGAGGCCACUGCCAAGAACGGAACCAACGGCUUUGUCAAGCACACAGCCAACGGCCGGCAAAAGAACGGUGGCUUUUUGGACGGCUACUGCCACAUCAAUGGCCUGCACGACUGGGAGAACGAGGAGCACGACAAGAAGCACGAGUGAUACGUGCGAAGGCCAGCCGCACAAGCACACAGCGUUUGCCCCCCUUACCUUCGCCCACCCCACACUCCAUUGGCUGCAUUCCCCCACCUCUCCCAACUUCACCCUCACAUGCACACAUCCUGCUGCUGUUUCGACUGUCGCGUCGUAAAAAAAAUCAAAAAAGCACCCAAGAAGAGAGAAGCUGGAUGAGGAGGUGAUGAGGCAGAGCGAUGGUGUGCCUUUUUCUUUUUUUUUUUUUUUGAGAGACACUGGCCACUUUAGAGACACACUGUGCCACAGAAAGGCCCCCUUCCCUCUGCAUGCAGUGAUGAUGUGUACCUCUUGUGGAAACAAUAGGCGGCUGUCGCACGCACUCAACUACUUCUGUUGCUCCUUGUUUUAGCAUGUCCGACACCUUUUUCUUUCUUUUUCCCCUGUUCCGUUUCUUGUGUGAAAAUACCAGUCUCGUAUCACCCGAUAGACUGUGCGCUGUUGCAUUUUUUUUUUUUUUUUUUUUUUGCCUCGUCGUUCCGGAAAACUAAAUGAGCUCACAACUUCAGCAGUGCUUGUCCCCACCCCUUACCCCAGCCACAAAAUUCAGAGCCAUUCCAACGUGUGCGCCGCACGUUUUUAUCAACACCCUAGGCUUCUUGUGUGAAAAAAAGAAACCAGAGUUUCUUUUUUUUCUGCUGCACUUGACAGGAACUCUAGCAAGCCAGAACACAAGUGAAUAAAAAAGGCAGGUGAUCUGUGCAUCAGCUGCAGGACCAUGCCACUCGUGCAAAUAAGCUCUUGUAGCUGUCAUUCUGCGUUGUCCUUAAAGGUAGCUUGUAGCUUGCUCUCCUUCAGGUUAACUCUGGCAGGGGUUCCAGCACCUGUCGUUAGCGUAGUCUUCUUGCCCUACCCACGUGACGGAUGACAAGCUUUGCCUAGGCUAGUGUGUAGAACUGUGGCAAUCCCCAGCACUCAGGAAGCAAAAAAAAAAGUGAAGCCAGCCUCCCAUCCCCCCCUUCCGUCCCUAUGCCCGCCGAGAUGCACCUUCGCAGGAGCGAAAGGGCCACAUGUUCUGGCUCUGCGCAUGCAACUGAAGCAGAAAAAAAAAAAAAUGUAACAAGGCCUUUGAGAACAAGAUCACCGUGUCAUCUCUGCAACGAGACCCUACCCGCUCCCCUCUGCAAGGUCUCCGUCUUGUCGUCCGCGCCUUCGUUGUGUUUUCUUAAGUGCGUGAUGCGGUGUGCAUGGUGUGAAAUACACAUUUUUUUUUUCUAAUUUGUCUGGUUGCGUACAACUCCCUGUCAGUGCACUCACUUGCAUGACGGCCGAGGAGCAAGUGUCCUUCCUGUUACUUUCUCGCUCUCUUCAACGAUCGUCUCUGUGCGUGCGGACGGCAGGAAAACGAUUUGUGCAGUGCAGACCUGUAUCCCACUCGCGCUCUUCGACAGGAAGAGGGACUUGCUGCGAGCUGAGAAAAACAAAAAACUACUUGUGGGGCAGGGGGUGCAGGUGAAAAAUGGGAAGGGGCCCUCGAGACGUACGGCACUCUGCCUGUGCGCUUACCCCCCAAGCCCCCACACCCCUGCUGUGCUGCGAUGUUGUGAGUGCGCGUCAGCGUGGCACACAGUUGUCGUUUCCUGCGUCAGAUGUGCGUGUGUGUUCGUCGUGUUUGGUUCUUCGCCAAAUGGUUCGCAUUUUUUUUAAAUGCCGUCGCACAUACUUCGGAGCUGUUUCGUCCUCAACUCGCCGCCAGAAGGACCAAAGGCGUGAUGCUUCGUUGUUGGGAGUCAUCGGAGAACAACUUCUUGUGUGGGACUUAACUCUCUCCGCACACAUCUCCUGCUGUCUCACUCUCUCUGCCAAGAAAUGACUGACUCACAUGUGGUGUCAUGUAUCUGCGUGUACUUAACGAGGGAAUUGAGAGUAGGCGUGAUGGGACACUCUAGGGUGAGGCCACGGAACCCCUAGCACUGCUUGGGGAAGCCUGUGUGCCUCCGAAUUGUGCCCAUUUCAGUUUUUUAUUAUUUUUUUUUUCUGCAUACGACUGCUUUCACUGAAUUAGUUCUAUUACCCUCCCUGCCCCCUUUCCCCUACCUCUCUUUAUUUGUUCAUUCUACAAGUUUGAUUGUGUGUAGCUUCUAGCACUAAUUUUAUACGUGCGUAACUGUCAGGUGUAACACAUUGGCCAGCGCACUGAUGCCACUGGCCUUAACAUUGGACAGGGGUUUGUGCAACUGCAUAAGCAAUGUGUGUGUGUAUGUGAAAGAUACAAAUGCUGAAAAAAAAAGGAGAAAGGAGGUAAAAAAAGAACUUGCCUGCUCUACAUACACACACACUUGCAAGUGGAAAUGGGGGAGUGAGCGUUGCAGUCUUGUCUAUUAUAUUAGAUUCAUGUUUUUUUUUUCUUUUUUUUUUUAACUUCAGCAAAUGAAUAGUUUUGUACACAGUGUAUAAACAAAAUGGAAGGAGCCAAGGCUUUGGAGUUACUAUGCAUCACAGUGCAUUCCUGUAUGCAUUCGAGUGAGCGAAACUGCUGCAAUCAAAACUUGGCUGCAACUGUUUUGUUGUUUAUCCAUUUUUUGAGAGAGAACACAUUGAGAGAUGGGACCUCUGGGAAUGUUCUAAGGGUUGGGGAGGGGGGAUAACAAUAUGCUGGGCCAAAACUGUUUUUCUCAGCAGUGCUUGUCAAGCUUCGGCCUUCUAUACCAUUCCAACUAUGUUGGUUUCUGGUUGUAGACUGUUGAUGCCCUGCGUGCAAGGGAACUAACGGUUGCUUCAUUUUUUGUAAAGCAGUGUGGUUGAUUGCAGCUCUUAGGUGGUCGGAGGUAGACCAUGACCAUUAGCGUACUUUGCAGCAUGGUUUUAAAGCCGCUUGCCUACAUAGACUGUUUAGGUGAUGCAGUAGUGCGCGGUAUAAAGAACUGGGGCCCCUGCUUCGGCAAGCUCUGGGUAUGCAAGGCCGUUACAAAAGCAGAAUGUUGCAAUAGCAAAGCAGGGGGGGGCUGACCUGGCCAACCUACCCCCACCCCCCUACCCCACCCCCCUUUUUUUUUCUUGAGAGAGAUUAAACUGUUUUUGAUAA